AUGUCCGUUGGCGGGGGUGAGGCUUCUAUUGCCGCAUCUGGUUCGUUCUUCAGAAUCACCGACUUACCCGCAGAGACGCAGCGGGAGAUUCUCGCUCGUUGCUCUCAAAGCGAUCUGAUCUGCGUCGCCCUUGUGUCCAGACACUUUCAUCAUCUUGCUUCUUCUAUUCUCUAUCGCGACUUUCACAUCAUCUUUCCCGAUGAUGACGAUCGGAGCUUCGAUUCUCCCGUAGACGGCCUCGCUGGUGGACUCGACACUUUCACUACUAGCGAGUACGAUUACGCCAGACAUUUACGAGAUCUCUCUAUGGAUACUUUGAGCUCUGGCCUCAAAGGCGAACGGUCUUACCAACCCUAUCUCUAUUCAUCUAGCUGUGGCAAGUUUCUAAACACUUUGCUCUUUCUGACUUUACAGAAGGCGCACUUCCUCGAAUCCUUUCGAUGGAAUGUGCGAAUCGAACUUAGUCGGCCAGUCUAUCGGCGUUUGCGGGAGUUAAAGUCGCUUCGAAACCUGCAUAUUCGCAUCCAGGCCGGUGAUUCGUAUUACUCAAGACCGCCGCCGCUCCCUUUAAGCUUCCACCACCACCCUUCGCCUCCUAGCCCAGUCUAUGGCCAUUCCCAUUGGUUGGGCACGGCCAUUCCGCCUGUUCAGUCUUCCAUGGCUUCGCCACAUCCCAUCUCGCAUCAUCUCUCGCAGAACCAACCUCAUACUCGAUCUCGCUCUGCGUCCAAGAAUCGCGUUCCCAAGCAACCUCAAGAUGCGACGAGACUUUCAGGCUUCAAGCACCUAACCUCGUUGGCUGUACUGGACAUUGAUGACUUGAAACUCGCAACAGAAAUAGCAGAUUCUGUUAAGCAUUCUCAUUCGACCCUGACGAGUCUUAGCCUAUCUUUAUCCCGGUGUCUGGCCUCACAAGCCAGAAGAGUUUCGCAUGAGUCGGACGCCGAGGAAUCUGCAGACGAGGAUUUCUCCGACCCCCCGAAUGCCCAACAUCCAAACUUUGUACCAAUUGAACAGGUCCGAAAUUUCAGAGCUCAGGAGGAAUGGAAAAAGCAGGAAGCUCUUCUCGGAAAAAUUUUUGGUGUUGAGCCUAGCCUACAGAAAAAGCCUCAGAUGAAGCUGGACGGGUCCAAACACGCAGGACCUGCGACGGAGAGAACUCCGGCAUUGACCGCAGGGCAAGAGUGCAUGGCUUCUCUCGCGGAACUCUCCUCCCGGUUAACGACAUUAAUCAGAAGCUCGAAGGAGGUUUCAGUAUCUCACCAAGAGUUUUUAAACACGAUUGAACACGCUGCACGGAAGUACCUCGAUUCUACAAAGACGUCAACUUCGGGCCAAUAUCACGAGCGAGACGAGCAGGCUACAGUUACCGUAAGAGAUAACGAUGCCCAAAAUGGCUCAACUUCAGCUUCAGCUUCCACUGUACCGAAACUCGAGGCUCCCGAGAACAGCGUUGCAAAUACCACUUUGGGUAGCUCCGUUGUCCUUCCAGUGAUGCAGGAACUCGCCGACAACUCAUUGGCAGAUGCCAAUUUCGGUAGUAGUGAUACCGUUGGAGAACCUGUUCGUGAUGCUAGUCAGCUGCGGCUCGAUACCAGAAAUAAGCAAUCCUCCGCAGAACCUUCAUCUUCGCUAGCGAAUCAUCGCCUAUCUGUGGAGGACCUUGGAAGACGUCGUCACGACGAUGCUGCCUCUACCCGCGAGCUUCAUGCGAAUGAGGCUUCCGGGAGGGAUCAGAUCCAGAUGAAUGACUACAUCCGCAGCACCAGAGGCCUUGCCCUCAACGUGUUGAAAAUUGAUCUGCUUCCCGCCAAGGCUUCCGUCAUCUGCCGAGCCCUGAAUCUUGGUGCACUAAAAGAGCUGACGUUACUCAACGUCGGCAGCCAGGCGCCUAUUUGGACGGCUCUCACCAAAGAGAAUGCCGCGAGACCACUACCUCUCCGCAGCAUUUUCACGGACAAUGUUUCAACUGCCUUUCUUACUUUUGCUUCUCGCCUCGAGAAACUUGAAGAGCUGUUUCUGCUGGAGCGCAGCGUCGAUCAUCUUCCUGCUAGCUUCACGCCUAGGGCCUCCGUCACUAUUGACCAGAUUCGGCGAUGUGUGCUCAAGAAGCACAUCCAUACUCUCAAGCGCCUGAUGAUUAAAGACGAGUCAAAGGAGGCCAGCUGGGAUGCCAAUGAAAAGACAAUGGCCAUGAUUUGCAGCCAAGGAACACAGCUGGAAGAGCUGGCAUUUCCUCAUUCUACAACCGCUUACCGAGUUCAAAAUCAGCAUGUUUUUAUGCAGUGCUUUCAUGAGCUGGUCAACCUGCGCGCCAUCAACAUCCUGCACUUCAAGAGCAACGACACCUGCUUGUGGGUCGUUCGCGAGACGCUGCGCUUCAUCGUGGAUAACCUUUCACAUCAUCCCGACAUGAAGCUCGAAUGGAUCGCCAUGGAAGAUGACCGCGUCGAUCGGGUAAUGAGGCCUGGAGAGGAUGACGACGACGAGUCCUGCCGGCAAAGGCUUCCGCGCCCCGCGCAACCCAUCAUCACGGGGCCUUUUGACCUCCCCUCGCCACCUACUUCUGGCCACGCCAGCGAUACCAACUUACCCCCGCCGCUGUACCCGUCAGAUCUGGUCGGUGACAGCGACGACAGCGACGACGAUUUCCUCCGCGAUAGCGGGUCUGGGCUGCGCUAUACGACGGUCCCUAUGCAGUUUUACGACGUAUGGGGUAUCAAGAUUUUCGAAAAGGAGAUUCGCAGUGGACGCCUGUAG